AUGAGCUUCGUUGUCGCGGUGUCUUGUCUUCUGGCUGUAACGGCGUUGGCUAAGGCCGACGAUUCGUGGGGGGGUCUUGUGUAUGCCCCGCGUCACGCAUCCGUUGACUAUUACGCGUAUCCCCGAUAUGCCUUCGAAUACUCAGUGAACGAUCCCCACACUGGAGACAAGAAAGCGCAAUGGGAGAAUAGGGACGGAGACGUUGUUAAAGGAGCAUAUUCUUUGGUAGAACCCGAUGGAAGCGUACGAAUAGUAGAGUAUUAUGCUGAUGCUAAGUCUGGUUUUAAUGCUGUCGUAAAACGCAUCGGACCAAAUCUGCAUCCACCUACAGUCCACGCAGCACCGAUCUCUCCUAUAGUAGGACCAGUGGCUAAACUCGGAGGUCUGGCUGCCGCUCCCCUCAUCACCGGUCCAUUGUACGGAGGAGCAGUCUCAACUGCGUCAUUAUACAAGGAUCACGCACCAGCUGUAAUACCGGCACCAAUUCUACCAGUUUCUUACAAAGCACCGUUGCCGUAUGCUCCAGCUCCAAUUUGGCCCUCUGCUGCUUAUCCAACGCCAAUAAUCAAAUCUGGUCCCAUAUUAUCGGCACCGAUUUAUCCUGCAGCUCUACCAGGUCUGAAAACCCCGUUCAACUUAGGUGACUACGGCUCGCUGGGCUUAUGGAAUGAUGGACUGCUCAAAGCUCCAUUGGGACCGAACAACUAUUUGGACCACCUUGGACACGGACUCUUAACAAAGGGAGCUUAUCCUUCAUUGGGACCAAACUACAGCCUGCUCGGUUUGAAGCACUAA